UGGCAAUUUUCGAGAUCCUGUCCACCUAAGAAUCUGAAUAGAGGAAGCUGAAAGUUCCUAGGUAGUGUAAGUGGAAACCGUCGGUCAUCAAGCCAAGUACACACUAAGCGCCGCAGAUACUCUUGGUCUCUAGGAUGAGCUUGGAAAAACUCAUCAGCACUAAGGAUUCUAGCGUGCUCUUCCGAUAUUGUUACUCUUCCGACUCGCGCCCCAUUACCAAGUCUUCUGGCAUUGUCCGCAAUGUAGUGGACAGAAUGAAUGGGUAUCUCGUUCUCCGCCGAUACAACCGUGUGCUUCCACGGGAACUCCUCCAUACCCACAUAACAGGCGUUAAUGGCUGUUAGAGUACCACGAGCAGUGCUAGUGUCAUAAGUAUUCGGUGGUACAAUAAUAUUCAAAAUACACUUCCCAAGUGUUCGCACCAAUUCCUCGAACCUUGGCGAUGCGCUGCUGUCGAUAACAAAGCAGUAA